GCCGGCCGCCGAUCGAGCCGGCCGACGCCGACGCCUUCUUCGAGUACGACCUGGACGGCGCCAUGCUGGUGGCGUCCUCCGGCGGCGGCGGCCCUGUCGGCGGCGCCGACACGGGCUGUGCGCUCUCCUCGCCGACCAACGGCAGCGAGGAGCGCACUCCCAGUCCGACGGCCGACGCCGACGCUGACGCCGACGUCGAUGCCGACGCUGACACCCUCCACAACGGGCUCAACGGCCACGGCGGCGGACGGCAUGCUGCGGCGGAGCGCGGCGGUGCGGGGCAGCACGACAACGGCGGCGGCGGCGGAGACGACGCGCGGCGCCACCUGUACGAAAACCCACUGGCGUCGGCGCCGGUGGCGGUGCCGGGCGGCCGGCGCGUGCGUGACGUCACCAGUCAGCCGCACCAGAGCCCCAGCGAGAAGGUGGACGCCUGGCUGCUGAGCUGCGGCACCGUUGAGGACGGCCGCGACGCGAGCGAGUCGGAGCAGGAGCCGGCGCCGGCCGCCGCGCCCGGCUCGGACGACUCCGACGAUGAGAGCAUGGAGGACGCGCUGACCGACGCCGACGACCUGGACAUCCACGAGCUGUUGAGCCGCGGCUGCGAACUGCUCGAGCUGGAGGCGCCAUCGGAGGAGCCGGAGGCGGAGCGCCCCGACUCGCUGCAGCUGCAGGUGGAGGAGCCGACCGCCGCUGCCGCCCCGGGCCGAGACGAGCCGACGCCGGACGACGACGAGGGCACGGCCUCGGCCAGCGGCGCCUCGUCCGAGUUCCUGCUAGCCGACCGUCUCAAGCGCAGCUCUUCGCUGAAGUCGGGCAAGACGCCGCCGCUGACGCCCGGCCGCAAGAAGUUCGUACGCUUCGCCGACGCGCUGGGUCUGGACCUGCAGCAGGUGCGCACGUUCCGCGACGAGGUGCCGAACGUGCCGGCCGCUGCCUUCCGCGGCCUGGACGUGACCGACCUGUUCUCGGCGUCGCCCGACUCGCCGUUCCUGACGACGUUCCCGGUGGCGUUCUCGGCGCUGGGCGGCUGUGUCGGCUCGUCGCUGGACGCCGCCCAGCGCCAGCUGGUGACCAUGUUCCUGCAGCCGACCAGCGGGAUGGGCCUCGAGGACCGCCUGCGCCGCGACAAGGUGUGUCUGGAGCGCGUGAGCACGCACGACGACGACUGGUCGGUGCGCGGCGUGGUGCGCGUCCUCAACAUGGACUACUUCAAGUCGGUGUGCGUGCGCUACACGCUCGAUGAGUGGCGCACGUGGUCGGACGCCGUGGCCGCGUACGUGCCCGGCUCGUGUGACGGCCUGUCCGACCGGUUCCAGUUCCGACUCUACUGCAGCACGCUGUCGGCCGGCCAGCGGCUGCACUUCGCCGUGGUGUUCCGCUGCCAGGGCCAGGAGUUCUGGGACAACAAUGGCGGCGCUGACUACACGGUGCUCAGCGCGCUGGCCAACCACGGCUCGCCCGAGGAGUGGAGCGGCGGGCGCUUCUGACCGUUCCCAUGGCAACGGCCUGAGUAGCCGCCUGCCGCUGGGCUGCCGUGCUCGGGAUCGCGGCGGCUGUGCCAGGCUCGUUGCCUGGCAACGAAGGCGUUGUCCGACUUGUUGCGUAGCGCCGGUGGAGCCUCAGUUGAUCUGACUGACUGCCAGAGUAGUGGCAGGCUAGCGUUACCGCGCGUUCGUGCUAUGCACAUGUGUUGCGUCGUUGGGCUUCGGCCAGAGUGGUUACGCGUCAGGCGGACAAGGCCAUGUGACGGCGAAGAAGGCUGUGCAAGGGUGUGAUAGGUGCAAUACGGCAGGUCGACACUGACUGGUGAAUCCUGAGGCUUCCUGUACGUGUCCUGCGUGUCCGCGCCUGCUGACGCGCCGCAGCCAGGCUAGUUGUACCUGCCGAGGCCGCGCCACCUCCCGUAUAAUAGUGCCAGUGGUCAGCCGUUGUUUUCAUUGUCUGUUGAGGUUAUCUGCGAGGCUUGCGUGCGGCCGGUUGUGAUGGCGACGGCUGCCGCCAGGGGUCGCGGCGGCCGUCCGCUGCACGGAGCAGAGUUCUGCCGCACGCUCGCUGUGCUGUACUGCCGUUGUGUCCGCAGCGGCUGCCGCUCGUGACGUGGGCCGGUGCGCUAAUACAGCUGUGGCCUGAGCCA